AUGGACAAGUCGAUUCUGAAUAGAUUGCCCGCUGAACUUCGACUCCAAAUCUUCGAACACGUCUUCCCUCCAGGCGAUCUCGAUGUCAUCUUUGUCUGGGGCAGACGUACUCCUUUCACGACUCGCUGGCCACGACCGGGCAACAGCCACCUUGCGCUCUUGUCAACAUGCCAUCAACUUCGCACCGAAGCCAUGCCAGUUCUGCUUGCGCACACGCGACUCGUCGUUCGAACAGUGAUAUUAGAUCGGAAUACAAAGUUGGCAUCGAUUACCAACGCGAAGUGGCAAGACGUCGAUCCGCCGCUCGAGAUCAUCCGUUCAUGGGCACACAUGGCGCCGAACGUCGCCUCCAAGAUCAUAAUCUACCUUGGCGAAUGGUUCACCUGGUCUCAACGCGCUCCUCCCGAAGCCGUAGCAGAGCUCGUCCGCCUGACACAAUCCGAAGUCCAAGGAACGAAAGCAGAUUUGUCGAUCGGGAUCCGCGGGGACUCUUCGGCUUUCUGCAACGAGGCGACCAGAUUCGAGGUUGUCUUCCCGUCGACAUCGAGUCUCCCUCAGGCCAAAUUUUAUGUCCAGGAAGCUAUGAGUGGGAGGGAGAGGGCGAUUGAUCCUUUCUUUGAUCGAGAUAGGAUGUUUAGGGACUUGAGGUUGGCGAGGACGAAGUUUGAGAGGUUGUUUGAGAUUUUGGAGGAGGAUGCUGCGGAGAUCGAAAAAGGCGCAUGCAAGAAGAUUUCGAGCCUUUGA